CCUCCGAGGUUGCGAUUGCUGAAAUUCUUGAUUUAGAGUAUGAAGUCUCUUAAUGAUCUCCCAGCGCCCAAAUCAACCACUACCACGUUUUAUGAUCAUUCUAAUGAUCCAUGGUUCAAAAACCGUGUCACUGAAUCCGAGACUGUAAAAUCAUCCAGUAUCAAAUUUAAAGCCGUGCCUGUUUACCUGAAUCGUCAAGGUUUACGUCCCAAGAAUCCCGAGGAUUUUGGAGAUGGUGGUGCUUUCCCGGAGAUUCAUCUUCCUCAGUAUCCUCUUGGGAUGGGUAGGAAUAAAUCCAAUAAGCCUGGAGCUAAGACUCUCCCUGUUACUGUCGAUGCUCAGGGAAACGUGGUCUUUGACGCUAUUGUCAGGCAGAAUGAGAACUCUAAGAAGAUUGUUUACUCUCAGCAUAAGGAUAUUAUUCCUAAGAUACUGAAAAACGAGGGAGACUUGGAUGCGGUGGUUGAUGAAGAGGAGGAAUUGCAGAAGCAGAUCCAGGAGACUGCUGAAGAAACCAAAGCUGCCAUUGAGAAGAUUGUGAAUGUGAGACUGAGUGCAGCGCAGCCUAGUAAUAUAGCAAGGCAAUCCGGCGACUCACAGUACAUUAAAUAUAAGCCAUCCCAGCAAUCUUCCGCCUUCAAUUCCGGUGCUAAAGAGAGGAUCAUUAGGAUGGUGGAGAUGCCUGUAGAUCCACUCGAUCCACCAAAGUUCAAGCACAAGAGAGUCCCCAAGGCUUCUGGUUCUCCGCCUGUUCCGGUCAUGCAUUCACCGCCCAGGCCUGUUACUGUCAAGGACCAGCAAGACUGGAAAAUCCCUCCUUGUAUCUCCAAUUGGAAGAAUCCGAAAGGUUACACAAUCCCUCUUGAUAAACGUCUAGCUGCUGAUGGAAGAGGCCUACAAGACGUUCAGAUCAAUGAUAACUUUGCCAAGUUAUCAGAGGCCCUCUAUGUAGCUGAGCAGAAAGCUAGAGAGGCUGUUUCAAUGCGUUCCAAGGUGCAAAAAGAGAUGGUGAUGAAGGAUAAGGAAAGGAAAGAGCAGGAAUUGAGGGCUCUUGCCCAAAAAGCUCGCUCCGAAAGAACUGGUGCUGCUGUGAGUAUGCCUGUCUCAUCUGACAGGGGUAGGAGUGAAAGUGUUGACCCAAGAGGUGAUUAUGACAACUAUGACCAGGAGAGAGCAAGGGAAAGAGAAAGGGAAGAGCCAAAAGAGAGUAGGGAGGAAAGGGAAGCACGGAUUCAGAGAGAGAAUAUCCGAGAAGAGCGUCGCAGGGAAAGAGAGAGGGAGAGAAGGUUGGAAGCUAAAGAUGCUGCCAUGGGGAAGAAGAGCAAGAUCACUAGAGACAGAGACCGUGAUAUCAGUGAGAAAGUUGCUCUUGGAAUGGCAUCUACUGGAGGAAAAGGUGGUGAAGUUAUGUAUGAUCAAAGGCUGUUUAACCAGGAGAAAGGAAUGGACUCUGGGUUCGCUACUGAUGACCAAUACAAUGUAUAUGACAAAGGCUUGUUCACUGCACAACCCACUCUUUCAACGCUGUACAAGCCAAAGAAGGAUAACGAUGAAGAAAUGUAUGGAAACGCAGAUGAGCAGCUCGAUAAGAUCAAGAACACUGAGAGGUUUAAACCUGACAAAGCUUUCACAGGGGCUUCCGAGAGGGCGGGUAGUAAGAGAGAACGACCUGUUGAGUUUGAGAAGGAAGAGGAACAAGAUCCUUUUGGUCUUGACAGGUGGGUUUCUGAUUUGAAGAAAGGUAAGAAACCAUUGGACAAAAUCGGGUCUGGAGGAACUAUGAGAGCAAGUGGAGGCGGCGGUAGCUCUUCAAGGGAUGACGACGGCGGUUCUGGUCGAACAAAGAUCAAUUUCGAACGCAGACAAGAACCAAAAGACCCACAUGUUCUUCUCUGGUCUCAUCUCCAAGCUUCAUGCCUAGCUCGUGUCCGUCGUAUCCAUGGUGAUAUCUUCCGUUCACGCAUCCUCGAUCAAUAUCCAAUCGCUUUCUUAUGGAACAACAUCAUGCGAUCUUACAUUCGCCAUGAAUCUCCUCUCGAUUCAGUUCAAGUGUAUCUCGGUAUGGUGAGAUCAAAUGUUUUGCCUGACCGAUAUACUCUUCCGAUCGUAAUCAAAGCCGCCGUUCAGAUUCAUGAUUUUCAGUUGGGAAAGCAGUUUCAUUCCGUCGCCGUGAGGUUAGGGUUCGUCGGAGAUGAGUUUUGCGAGAGUGGGUUCAUUACAUUGUAUUGUAAAGCAGGGGAAUUUGAGAAUGCACGUAAAGUGUUCGAUGAAAAUCCUGAGAGAAAGUUGGGGUCUUGGAACGCUAUUAUCGGAGGGUUGAAUCACGCGGGUCGAGCUAACGAGGCGGUGGAAAUGUUUAUGGAGAUGAGAAGGAGUGGAUUUGAGCCGGAUGAUUUCACUAUGGUGAGUGUGACUUCAGCUUGUGGGGGAUUAGGUGACUUGAGCUUAGCUUUUCAGUUGCAUAAAUGCGUUCUACAAGCUAAGACUGAAGAGAAGUCUGAUAUCAUGAUGAUGAAUUCGCUCAUCGACAUGUAUGGAAAAUGCGGGCGUAUGGAUUUCGCGAUUCAAGUGUUUGAGGAGAUGUCACAGAGAAACGUUGUCUCAUGGAGUUCAAUGAUCACAGGUUACGCAGCUAACGGGAAUACAUUAGAAGCCUUGGAAUGCUUCCGUCAGAUGAGAGAAUUCGGUGUCAGACCAAACAAGAUCACGUUCGUUGGAGUCCUUAGUGCUUGCGUCCAUGGAGGUCUUGUGGAGGAAGGGAAAGCGUAUUUCGCGAUGAUGAAGUCAGAGUUCGAUCUAGAACCGGGAUUAUCACAUUACGGAUGCAUAGUUGAUCUUCUGAGCCGGGAUGGGCAGCUUAAGGAGGCCAAGAAAGUUGUGGAAGAGAUGCCGAUGAAGCCUAACGUGAUGGUUUGGGGUUGUUUAAUGGGUGGGUGUGAGAAGUUUGGGGAUGUUGAGAUGGCUGAGUGGGUGGCUCCAUACAUGGUUGAGCUAGAGCCAUGGAACGAUGGUGUUUAUGUGGUCUUGGCUAAUGUGUAUGCACUAAGAGGGAUGUGGAAAGAUGUUGAGAAAGUUAGGAAGAUGAUGAAGGAGAAGAAGGUUGCUAAGAUUCCUGCCUAUAGCUAUGCUUCAACGACAUUUUGAAAAUCCAUGAUUUUGAUACUUGUUUCUCUUCAUGUUCGAAAAAUGUAACAUCAUAACAAAGAAGAUCAAGAUAUAAUUUUUCUAAUUAGAUCCUUAAUCCUUAUUUUUUUGAUUCACUCACUGAGAAACAGCACCUGCAGAGAUAACCACAUCUAUAAAAGCAAACAAAGUAAGCUAAUGAAUUAGAUGAUUCAUA